CAGUUCUUCAACGUUGCAACCUUCGAUACCACGUUUCGAGCUCGAUUGCUUAUGCGCACCAUCACUGACCUCCCAGACGAGCUUCUGGAUGAAAUAGCAUUUUUCUUACCACAGGGGACUCUAUUUUUCCUAUGUACCGUUUCAAAACGCUUCCAACCUCGUGCGACGCGAUGGCUCUACCGGUGUCUAGCCCUAGCGGGCAACGGUGAAACGAUAAAAAUCUGCAAGGCCCUCAUCUCAAACCAUUUUUCUGCUGUCUCUGUCCGCAAAGUUCUCUUAUGGCCAGGUUUAGCCUUCUCCCGCCCAACCCUUACAGAAGGACCCUUUUAUCUCUACUUAUCCUCGUUUUACAAGCUGCUAUCCCGUGCCCUGUCUUGUAUGGUCAAUGUGGAAAGCAUCCGGUUGAUGUUUCCUUACUGUGGAGCAUCUCUGACAUUAGAUGCCUGCACGUUCCCCAACCUUCAUUCCUUCGCGACCACAAUGGAACCCCAUACUCUUGCCUCGUUUGUCAGGAGGCACCCGCAGCUUCAGGAGCUGCAUAUAUCUCCGAGUGAUGCGAAAUCCGUGCCAUUGUCAGAAUUCAGUGGAAUACGCCUUUCUUUGGUGAAAUCCGUCGCUCUUCCCGAGCCUUUACUGUUUAUGGUUUCUCCGGAGGCACCCCUAGAAUCACUUUUGUCUGCAGAGAUUGAGGAUGACAACGAAGAGAUCCCGAAUUAUAUCAGGAACAUUUCUCGAUAUUGCACAACGCUUUCCGAGCUUCAUUUGUGCCGUCCCCAUUGGAAUGCCGAAGCCUUGAUGCAUGUCGCGACUUUGCUGCCAAAUAUCACAAACUUCGCAUUCACUAGGAUGGCACCUGGUUUACACCACGAUGCCAAUGUUGCUUUUCUCGAUGCAUGUGAAGCAGCACUCCCUUUUUUCAAGUCCCUCAAUCAAAUACGUGUCACACGCAACCAAGGACGAUCUCGCUUUACUCGUAUGUCCAACUAUAGAUUCGACUCCAAGAUGGUCCAGACAUGGGGCAAAAAAUGCCCGACCCUCGAUAUUUGUGUUUUUCCAUCUGGAACCGCAUGGCAUCGUGUUGAGGACAACGUAUGGAUGCCAGACUUGCAUCAAAAAGCUGCAAUUCGGUGGCUCUUCAAAAUUGCCUUCACAGGCCAGUUUCCGAUCGAUGUCGCGGAGUCUUUACAGCAGUUCUGUGAUUCCAUCGGCAAAGUUGACACCCUUGGACUACUCGACUUCAGAUCACCGUCAACCUCACUUGGCCUUUACGCUCAUGCAGAGGAGGACAAUGAACCAUAUUAUGAGUCAAGUGAAUCGGAUGAGAGCGAGGUCGAGAGCGAGGAAGAAGGUCAAGAGAUCUAGGUGACUGACAACCGCGUCGGGUUGAAGGAAUUCAUGUCGUUGAAGAGGGCUCGACAGUAUCCCUAUUGUCUUGGUGUACACUGCGAAUGUUCGACGCGUAGGGGUAAUUUAGCACGACAGUCAGUUGAAGAGU